AUGAACCAGUCCCAUCCGUUUCCACUCUUUCCUCUCCAGUACUACUCUCUUCCAGGCUGCUCCCCCGCAGGUCUUCUUCAUCUCCUUGUACCAGUCUGUCGGCGGGCGUCCUCUCAUCCUUUUGUGAUCUCUUGGAUGUCAAUCCAUAAACUGCCUGGUCCAUGUUAUAUCAUUCCUUCUGAUUACAUGUCCGGUCCAGGUUCACUUCCUGAUGUGCGCUUUUUCCACAAUAUCUGGAAGGUCAGUCUUAGCUCUGAUCCAUUUAUUCGCUUUUCUAUCCCUUCAUUUUAUUCCGAAAAGAUAUCGAUCUAUUCCUCUGACGGUUACCCUCAAUUUGCGACAAGUCUUCUGAUCACUUACCCAAGUUUCACAACUAUAUGUCAUGACAGGAAGUACUGUGCUCAACCAAAGUUUUCUCUUGACCUCUGAGCUCACCGAGGAUCAAUAUAUAUAUAUAUCCUUAAAUUUGAAGAGUCCGCGCAAUC